UUAGCCUCUGUAAUCUUUCGUCCCUUCACAGCAAUGUCUCUCUGUAUCUUUCUCUUAUGGCUUGUUAGCAUUCCUGUAUGCCACAUUCACGCGAUUCCAGCUGCAAGAGGUUUCCUUCUCAACUGUGGAUCAUCGAAGGAAAUCAAUGUGGGAAGUCUCAGAUGGAUUACAGACGAAGGUUUUGUCUCCAGCGGUAACAAAAGCACCCUCGAUACGCCAGGUUUGUUGCCGGUUUUGAAAACAUUGAGGUUCUUUCCUGACAAAUCUGAAAGGAAGCAUUGCUACGAGAUUCCUGUGAUCAAAGGAGGGAGGUAUCUGGUUCGAACUACGUAUUAUUAUGGAGGUUUCGAUGGAGGAAAGGAACCUCCAGUAUUUGAUCAGAUCAUUGAAGGUAUGAAAUGGAGCGUUGUUAAUACUACAGAGGAUUACGCACAGGGCCUCAGUUCUUACUAUGAGAUCAUUAUGGCUGCUACUGGAAAGACAUUGAGUGUUUGUCUUGCGAGGAACCAGCAAACUGUGUCAAGCCCUUUUAUCUCCACACUUGAAUUGGAGAACAUUGAGGAUUCCAUGUAUAAUUCCACUGAUUUCCACAGCUAUGCGCUUAGCACCGUUGCUCGUAGCUCAUUUGGAUACGAUGGCGACAUGAUUAGCUUUCCAGAUGAUCAAUACAACCGGUACUGGCAACCAUUCACAGAUGAAAAAUUCCCAGUUGUGUUUAGUCACUCCAAUGUAACUACGUCAAACUUUUGGAACAUUCCACCAACCAAGGCCUUUACGAAUGCUAUCACAGCGAGCCGAGGCAAGACACUCAAAGUGCAAUGGCCAGCAAACGUGUCAUUACCCAGAACCAACUACUACAUUGCCCUUUACUUCCAGGAUAGCAGAACCCCAAGCCCAUUCAGUUGGAGAAUCUUCAAUGUUUCUAUAAAUGGUAAGCAAUUCUUCCAGGACCUCAAUGUAACGGCGGCCGGUGUCACCGUCUCUGCCACAAAUUGGCCUCUUUCAGGGCUCACAGAGAUCACCAUGACUCCUGAACUUGGCACGCCGGUUGGACCCAUUAUUAGCGCCGGCGAGAUCUUCCAACUAAUACCUCUUGCUGGAAGGACAGUCACUAGAGAUGUGAUGGCAAUGGAAGAAUUGGCAAGAAGUUUGAACAACCCACCUACUGAUUGGCAUGGAGAUCCAUGCUUACCUCGAGAAAACUCAUGGACUGGGAUUACGUGCUCUAAGGGAAAACUAGCUCGGGUCACCACGUUGAACCUCACAGACACCGGCCUGUCUGGAUCACUGCCCCCAAGUUUGGCCAACUUGACUGGGCUUACCCACAUUUGGCUUGGAGGAAACAAACUCACUGGUGAAAUUCCAGACUUGAGCACAUUGAAUGAGUUGGUUUCUCUACGGCUGGACAACAACGAGUUGGAUGGAUGGAUACCUAAAUCCUUGGGGGACCUUGACAACCUUCAAGAGCUAUUUCUCCAAAACAACAAUCUCAAGGGUCGGGUUCCAAACGCCUUAAAAAAGAGAACUGGAAUCAACAUUCAGUAA